UUCGAUAAAAAUGGGGCAGUCAGACGAUGUAGAAGAUUCUACUUACAGUAGACAUCAAGAUUUGUGUCAGAAAUUGAAUAUGGAUGCAACUGCUGCUUCUGAAGCUUGGAAAUCUUAUGAGACUAUUCGACAAAAUUAUACUCUUGAGGGUGAUCAAUUGCAUUGGAUAGGGUGUGCAUUAUAUGUAGCUUGCCGUAAGUCUUCCAUUCCUACUGUUGGAAAGACUGGUACUAAUGUGGAAGGCAAUUGUGUAUCAUUGACACGUUUAUUACAAUUGUGUAACCUUCCUUUAAUACAAUUCUUUACAAAAAGUAAAUCUUGGGCUGAUAUGGCCAAUAUGCCACAAGAUUUUCGCUCAAAGAUUGAAAAACUUGAAGGAAACUUUGCAGUUUCUAUGGUCAUAUUUAAAAAGUAUCAGCCAAUUUUUACUGAUAUAUUCAAAGAUCCUGUAGAUGAUAUUUCACGGCCACCAAGAUCAAGGCGGCACAAGGCACUACCCUGUACACCUGCUAGAGUAUUUGAAUUUUGUUGGACAUUAUUUAUUUGUAUAAAAGGAGCAUUUCCAGAUAUUUCUGAUGAUCUUGUUAAUUCUUAUCAUCUUCUUCUGGUCUGUUGUGAUCUUAUAUAUAGUAAUGCUCUUCUGGCUAAUAGAAAGGAUCUUUUAAAUCCUAAUUUUCCUGGUUUACCUUCAAAUUUUAAUGAUGAGAAUUAUAUUCCACCUCAAACAGCAAAUUGUAUAGUUAGUUUGUUAUGUGAACGUCAUGAAGCUAUUGCAGUUGAAGCUAAAGUAAUUAAGGAGUACUAUUUGAAGAAUCAUAUUAAUAAAUUGUUCAAUGAAAGAGUCCUGCGUGGUGAUCAGUCAAAUUUUUCUGGUAUUUUAGAAGCUUUGAAUUUUGAUGGCAAUAGCAAAGCUAUCAAUAGAGUCUAUGAACAACAUGUACUAAGUGUUGGAGACUUUGAUGAAAGGAUUUUCUUAGCUGAUUGGAGGAGAGUGAGAUUAAAUGGAAUAUCAAGUUUGGAAAUAGUUGGAGGAGAUCUAGCUUGUCAUGCUAAAUUAUCUAAACAUAUUUUCAUGAGAGGCCAUGAUGCUAGUAAUAAUAUUGGUUCUCCUACACAGAUGAUGAAUGUUGGUGAUCUCCAUGAACAGUUUCAAAUGAAAAAGGAACAAUAUAGUGGGCAGAUACAGCAUUUAGCUCCACCUACUCCAUUAACUGGGCGUAGUUACCUUAGACCAAAAGAUAUUACUAAUGUGACACCAGUGUCCACUGCAACGCAAAGCGUAAUUCGACUUCAAGCUAUGUUGGCAGGUCAGACUUCACCAAGUGAAAAUUUAUUGCAAAUUUUAAGUAGCUGUUCUCAAGAUGUAAAGACUCUCGUUGAGACAAAAGUCAAAGAGCUUGGAGAACAAUUUUGCGCUAACUACAACAAAAGUACAAAUGCGAAUGAAACCACAUCAGAUUUUGGAAAGAAAAGACUUUAUCUAGGUCAAACACUUUUCUACAGACUUUUAGAAAUGAUUUUAAAUGAUGAAAAACGCAAGAAACCAAAUUAUGACGUAACGAAUCUUCUUACAAAAGAAAUCUUUAUUCAAUGCUUAUUUGCCUGCUGCCUAGAGAUAGUCAUUUAUUCAUACAAAAGUAAUGACAAAAUCUUUCCUUGGAUUUUGAAUGCUCUGAAUCUAGAUGCCUACUAUUUCUACAAAGUAAUAGAAAUUAUAGUCAGGGCAGAAGAUCAAUUAUCUCGCGAUGUUGUAAAACAUUUGAAUCAAAUAGAGGAAAAGAUUCUAGAAUCACUUGCCUGGCAAAGCGAUAGUCCCUUGUGGGGUGCCAUUCAGUCCACGGCAGAAGGUGUUCCGAGUUGCGAAGAAGUUUCUUUGCCUGGUAUGUUGGAAACUGUCGAUCCAAAUAUUCCAGGACAACCGGUAUUGAGAAGAAUCGCCUUGGAUCGUGGCACUCAUCAUGAUGUGCAACAAAGUCCUAUUUCCUCUGCCUCAGAAAGAUUUCAGUCUCCUGUUGCAGCAUCUGGUGUGGCUAAGAAACGUUUAUUUCCUGAUACUAGAAUUGGCGGACAAAGUGUUUUGCGAGUGGCAGGUCAAAACGUCUUACCAUCGAAAGUUUUGACUAUCGAUGGCAAUCCUAGAAUACUUUUAUUACCUGAACAAAUAACAGUUCCAAGAACGUCUAAUGUACAGACUACGGCAGCUCCAAUGCAAACUAUAGCGGUUAAUAGAGAACCAGUGAAACCAAAACGAACUGGUUCUGUUGCACUGUUUUUCAGGAAAUUCUACAAUCUAGCUAGCGUGCGCAUGUUAGAUUUAUGCGGUUCUCUAGAAAUAAUGGAUACAGACUUAAAGAAAAAGAUAUGGACAAUUUUCGAGUAUUCCAUUAAAGAACGAACAGAAUUAAUGAAAGAUCGUCACUUAGAUCAAAUUUUAAUGUGUGCAAUUUACGUUAUAUGCAAGCUAGUAAAGAUGGAAAAGAAUUCUUUCACUGAAAUCAUGCGGUGUUACCGAUUACAGCCUCAAGCAGAAUCUCAUAUAUACAGAUCAGUACUUAUAUCCAAAAUAGUGACUGGUGAAUCACAAAAAAAUAACGAAGAAAUCGGGCAAAAAGAUAUCUCGGAUAAAGAAACCAAUGUGGCACCUCCUACGCCAACGAACAUGGCUGGAACAUCGCAGAAUUUUGGUGAAGAAACGCGAGGUGAUUUAAUUAAAUUUUAUAAUACAGUAUAUGUGCCACAAGUGAAAGAAGUGGCGAAUAAGUUGGGAUUAGCACGUGGCAGCGUAAUGAAUUUGUCGUUAAGUCCAUUACCGAAGGGAAAACCUCCUGCAAAUUCACCAGUUAGACGUGUCACCAGUAGUAUUAUGACGCGUACAUUAGAUCCGAAAGCUAUUUCAGCUUCUCCAGCACCGCAACUUAGUUAUUGCUUUAGUCGUAGUCCUGCUAAGGAUUUGGAGGCUAUUAAUAAAAUGAUGAUUUCCGUCGAUCCUAAAAGAUCUGUCGGUAAACGACUUUUAUCGGAUGAUACUGACGUGGAGAUGUCAGAAGGAACAUCCCCGAUUAAAAAAACAACUGCGUUCGUCGCACGUAAAUUGGAGAACAUAAUCGGCGAGCGACGUACACAAAAUCAAUAAAAAAUUCAAUUAAAUGUCCAGAUAAGUUAUUAAAAAUAUGGGUAACGAAAGGAAAACAGUUUUUCUAGGCAUCUUCGUUUCCUUUAUAUAAAAAAAAUUUUUUUUAAUCAAACGAAUAGGAACAACCAUUUUGAAGUCGAAUUUUUGUUUCUUGGCUGUGUGGCUUAAAAUAAAUGAAAUGUUCGCUUCUCAGGUAUGAUCAUGUUAGAAACAGAGAAAAA